CUUGCAAAAUCGCGUGCGUGGUUUGUGUUAUCAAAUGUUUACUCAAGAGAUAGAACGGAAUGAACUCAAGUCGCUGAGAAACGAUAAGACGGCAAUAAGUAGCGGCAACAGCAACAAUUCCCCGGUUUGUUUCGUCAAAUUUCGGUUUCGCAACCAGAUAAGGCCGACAAGCAGUGGAACCCUCGUUUUAUUUUGUGCCGGCAGAUGCUGGAAAAAUGGCGUCUCACUCAAACUACUUUCUGGUGGAAUUCAUUGGAGCAGUCUUUACCCUGAUCUUUGCUGCUUACAUAUAUCUGAAAUAUGUGACCUACAAGUACUGGAGUUGGAGGAACAUCGAUUUUGUCAAACCAGUUGUCCCCUUUGGCAACUUAUGGCCGGUGCUUACGGUUCGCGCUUCAAUUGGUGAUCGGUUUCGAGACAUAUACUUGGAGUUUAAGAAAAGCCCGGUCGUUGGGGUUUACAUGUUUCACAAGCCCGCACUCGUGGUCAAUGAUCCUGAUGUCAUACGUUUCGUACUGACAAAACAGUUCGCGCAUUUCCACGAUCGUGGAACCUAUUGCAAUGAGAAGGUCGAUCCGUUGUCUGGUCAUCUAUUCGCGAUCCCCGGUGCCAAGUGGAAGUUCCUGAGGACCAAGUUCUCUCCGACGUUCACAUCGAGCAAGAUGAAGCAGAUGUUCUUCACGGUUCAGGAAUGCUCCGAAAAGAUGGUGGAAUUCGUCAGUCCUCUAGCUAAGAACCGUGAACUGAUCGAGGUGAAGGACCUCGUGGCAAGAUUCUCCACCGACGUUAUCGCAUCGGUUGCUUUUGGGAUUCAGUGCAACAGCAUCGAGAAUCCGAAUGCAGAGUUCCGGAGCUAUGGUCGGAAGGUCUUAAGGCCAAGACCAAUAAUGAAUGCGAUUUCGUUGUUAGCUCCAUCCUGGCUGGAACUUCUCCGAAUUUCCGGUACUGACGCCGAUGUGGAAAAAUUCUUCGUCAGUGCUUUUACCGAAACAGUAGAAUACAGAACAGUUAACAGCGUGGUUCGGAAGGACUUCUUAGACUUGAUUAUGCAGCUGAUGGACAAGGGUUACGUAGAAAAUGACGAUAAGAAAUCGUUUGAACUAUCAGAGUUGGAUAGUCAAAAAAUCACCUUGCUCGAAGGAGCCGCGCAGGCUUUCGUAUUCUGGUUAGCUGGCUUCGAGACGUCAUCUUCAACCGUCACUAACUGCAUGUACGAGUUGGCGCUACAUCAGGAUAUCCAGGACAAAGUGGCUGAAGAAGCGAACCGAGUACUUGGAGAAUUCGGGGGAAUGUCGUACAACGGAGUAAAGGAGAUGCGCUAUCUUUACAAAGUCGUAUCAGAAACUUUGAGGAAGUAUCCAGCUCUCCCGAUUCUGAACCGAGAAUGCACAGCGGAGAUCGAUCUGCCCGAAACUGGACUCCACGUUGAGAAAGGCACUGCGAUAAUCAUUCCCGUUUACGGACUCCACAACGAUCCCGAAAUAUAUCCAGACCCGGAAAAAUUCGACCCUGAACGUUUCACCGAGGAAAACAUCGCCGGCAGACAUCCGUACGCUUAUCUGCCAUUCGGCGAAGGGCCGAGGAACUGCAUCGGCAUGAGGUUUGGAUUAGCGCAAACGCAGGUUGCCCUCGCUAGUUUGCUUUCGAAAUAUCGUUUCACGCCAGGACCAGACUUCAAAGUUCCGAUGGUAAUCGACAAAGCCAAUUUCGGAAUCAUGCCAGCAGGUGGAAUAACACUUCGUAUCGAACAGCGAUAGAAUCACCUUACAGUGCAGCACUGUUUGUAAAAUAAAAAACACCUACAUACUGGCAAUUGUCAAUGCUUC